GCUAUCAUGUCAAUCCAGACCCAAUCUGAGGAAUGUUUUCAGCACCUUUUUGAAUCUGUGGAGAAUUAAGGCAGUACUAAAAGCAAGAGAGAGGCCAACCUGGUAAUAACUACGUGUACUUAAUUAAUGGCAAGUGAAAGUUUUGCCAAUUAUGUCCACUUUUACUUUGAAAAUCCCCACCGGAACAGCACCACUGUACCGAGGUAUUUGACUUGACAGAUGGCAGGCGGGAGACGCUCCUCUCUCGGCUGUCUCUCUCGGUCCGUUGGUCCAUCCCGGUCCUCAUUGUCUCCCCUGUUCACUCCUUGAAGACAACCCCGAGACGACCAACUAAACUUAGCCGUUUUUUUCCCGCUCACACCACACACUAUGCUUUACGUUUGGAGACUUACCUCGACCUGAAAAUUUACCCCUUCCCUCUGUGUAUGAAAUUUGGACAUGCUCUUCUGUUUUCUUGUUUUUGUUUUUGUUUAAAAAAAAAACAUUGUAUAAACGCGUUGGCAGUAACGGAGACAGCACCGACUGAAACAACCAUCGGCUGACGGGCUUGACAAGACAGCAGUUGUGCCAUGGAUCUGAUGGGGAGAUGAACCGAAGGAGGAGGAGGACUCAUUAGCCAAAAAAAACCCCCCCGAAAUCAGCUUCCAGCGGCUGUUGACACCUCACAACAUUUUUAUCAAUGACCGUUUUCUCACUGGAUAAAACACCACAGCUAUCGGAAGAUACAAGACAGGUUUGGGACCUAAGUGUUGGAGAUUUGAAAUAAAUAUAUAAAUAAAUAAAACGCGGUUUUUGGUGAAGGAUGUUGCCGCUACAUGUCCGUUACUUCCCCUGAGAGGAGAGGAGCUCGCCUGUGUGAAAAGAGGCAGGGACCACUUUCGCUUGUUUUCUCCACCCUACAACAAAUUAGGCUGUUUCACUCACACGAAUGCAAGUGGCUCUUAAUCGGAUUACUAAACGAGGGAUUUAAUCUGGAGGGGAAUACAUCCAUCUAAUCUCACCGUCUCUCUUUCCCCCCCCCCAGCCCUUCAGUGUCUUUAAGUGGCUGCUGCUGGUGUGCUGGACUGUGUCACUUCCAGUGUGCUCAGCGUUGUGAUGAUGAUGGUGAUGAUGAUGCGACUAAUCGAGGUGAUCGCAGGUGAUGUCUGGACAAGUGCAAACUGUGUAGAAAUCACUGGAAAGUCGCUGUAACCUCUGCUGGAUGAAUGAAUGAAGGAGCUGGAUCUGACUUCGUUUGUGUCACAUGUAUUGAAAUGCAGCUGAUUUAGCAGGCUACUAAAGUGCCCUCAGUUGCUGAGGCUUGGAGAGGGUUUAUCUACAUAUCCAGCUCUGUGGACUUGAAUCAUCCCCCUCCCCAAAGGACGUACUGUUACGGGCUUAAGUAGUUGCCUUUCAUUCCCUUCAGCUCCAGAGAGUACAAGGGGGGAGCUGGUACCCUGUCCUCUGAGCCCGAGAAGGGAGGGCUUCUACCUGGGCUGGAGGCCAGCCAGACGGCCCUUUGGGAGCUUUUGGAUUUUGAAGGAGAGAUCUUGGGGAGUUUCUGCUCCACGUGGACCUCCAGAGAGAGCCAGGAGGACAUCAUGGGGUGCUGCAGUGGCAGGUGCACCUUGGCCUUCAUCUGUGGCAUGCAGCUGGUCAGUGUGCUGGAGCGCCAGGUGAUAGAUUUCCUGGGAUACCAGUGGGCUCCCAUCCUGACCAACUUCCUGCACAUCAUUGUUGUCAUCCUGGGCCUUUUUGGCACCAUUCAGUUCAGGCCGAGAUACGUCACUGGGGACUCUGACCUUGUCCUGACAUUUAACCUGUCCAUGCACCGCUCCUGGUGGAUGGAGAAUGGCCCAGGAUGCAGGGUGACGCCCAUCACCCCUCCUCCCUCCUGGGCACCCGAGGACCACCGAUAUAUAUCUAUAUCUGGCUGUCUGAUGGAUUUUCAGUUCAUAGAGGUGGCUCAUUCCUCGCUGCAGAUACUCCUGGCUUUGGUGGGGUUUAUCUACGCCUGUUACGUGGUCAAGCUUAUUUCUGAAGAGGAGGAUAGCUUUGAUUUUAUAGGAGGGUUUGACUCGUAUGGCUACCAGGGGCCUCAGAAGACCUCCCACCUUCAACUACAACCCAUGUACAUGUAA